AUGCCGUUCCACACGCACCACCAGCAAAGUGGCCAGGGCAGCAACAACUCGGCGUCUGCCAUAUAUCACGCCGCGCAGACGUUAGGGUCGAUUGGCGCACCGCCCCAAGUCCGAAUGGCAGCAUCAGGUAUGACCAAUGCAGGAACAGACGCGCUUUUGCCUGGGAGCGGGAACCCAGGAAUACAUUCAUCGGCUGCUUCUGGAGGUGGCCUGCAAACCGCCCCUCCAUCCGCGCCGGGCCUACCUCCACCGCACUCCACCAACCCCUCGUUCGAGACCCCGCGUCGAGCUCCUACGCUCGGAAGACCUGAGGAGCUUCACAUUUCGACGUCAGCUGCGGCUCCAAUGGGCCAGCAAACGUCCUCGCAAGGCCCCGCGCAAAAGCAACCCGGGCAGCAGCAGAUGUACAAUUCGCCGGAUCAGUACUCGGCUGGCCCGAAUAUCAAUCUGCAGCAGGCGACACCGCAGGGCUCAUCUCAUUAUGCGAAUCCACCUUCCUCCGCCUUGCCCGGUAGUCUACAGCCAGGGGGCAGCUCUCAAGGGCAGCAGCAGCGGCCGGGCCCCUCGGCCGCAUACACGGCUCCUACCACUGUCCCAACCAUGCCCCAGAUCAACACGAACGCCAACCAGUACACCCUCCCUACCCGCUCGAACACCAACAAUAUUAAUACGUCGCACUCCUAUUCACGAUCGAGUCCAGCUGGGCUAGAGCAGAAGUACAUUCCCUUCUCCUCCAACACGCCGGAUCCCAAGUACAGCGCAGGCACACCGGCCCAGAAAUAUUAUCCCUCAACCCCCUCUGGUGCAGCUUCCAACUCUCCGCUGGGGCUGGCGGACAUCAGGCCGCGAGCAAACUCGAAUAUGGUCGACGACCCGCUCAGCCAAGGACCUUAUUUCAAUGACAGCGACCGCAUCCCCGGUAACUCUAACUAUUUGGCGCCGUGGGGGGUGUGGGCUUUCGACUGGUGCAAGUGGAAUACCCAUGGCGGGAACAGUGCGGGGAAGAUGGCCAUCGGAAGCUAUCUUGAGGACACACACAACUUCAUCCAGAUCCUCGACACCCAGAUCGUUCCCCAGGAAGUCUCGUCCCCUGGCGCCCCGCCAUUCGGCCUCGAGUACACGCGCGUUGCUGAGGCGACAUGCUCCUAUCCCGUAACGCGCAUACUCUGGGAGCCCCCUUCCUCUCAGAAACAGUCCACCGACCUCCUUGCUACCUCCGGAGACCACCUCCGGCUGUGGUCCCUACCCCAGCCUCCUGCCUCGACCAUCAGCAACACAAUCACUCGCUCCUCCUCUGUAAACACCCGGGAACCCGCACCCCAGAAAUUGACCCCCCUCGCACUGCUCUCCAACUCUAAGACGCCCGAACAUACCGCUCCCCUGACCUCGCUAGACUGGAACACCCUCUCCCCAAAGCUCAUCAUUACGUCGAGCAUAGACACGACAUGUACAAUUUGGGAUAUACCUACCCUGACAGCAAAGACACAGCUCAUUGCGCAUGAUAAAGAGGUCUUUGAUGUGCGUUUCUGCGCCGGAAGUGUGGACGUAUUUGUGUCAUGUGGUGCGGACGGAAGCGUCCGAAUGUUCGACCUCCGGAGCCUCGAGCACAGCACCAUCAUCUACGAGCCGUCAGAAAAGGCGCCCGGCGAUAGAUCAGACAAAGGCUCACCGGGUCGCUUGUCCCCAACGAAAGCCCAACAGACCAUGUCAUAUGCCCCGCCCCUUCUCCGCCUUUCCGCUUCACCGCACGAUGCCCACCUCCUCGCUACCUUUGCCCAAGACUCCAACAUUAUUCGCAUUCUUGAUGUUCGACAACCAGGUCAAGCCUUGCUCGAACUUCGCGGCCAUUCCGCAUCUGUGAAUUCCAUUGAAUGGAAUCCAUCACGGCGAGGAAUGCUAGCCUCUGGCGCCGACGACUCGCUUGUCCUGAUAUGGGAUCUGAUACACAGCCAGAACGGCGCUGUGAUAAAUGGCGACACUCACACAACGCAGCCCCCCACCCCAGCUAGUGCGCAUCCCUCAAACGGAGGCGCACAAAGUAAUUCAGGGACGGUGGGUCAGAAAGGUCCAUACCUGGCUUGGCGGUGUGAUUACGAGGUGGGCAACCUAAGUUGGGCGCCGCAGAGUGCGUUGACGGGUCAAGGAGGGGAAUGGGUCGGAGUUUGUGGUGGACGAGGAGUUUGGGGUGUCAAACUCUGA